AUGGAAGAGGAGAAUGCGGUGGAGCUUUUGCAACGGUAUCGUCGGGACAGGCGAAUACUUCUGGAUUUUAUACUUGCCGGUAGCUUAAUAAAGAAGGUGAUAAUGCCUCCUGGUGCGGUUACCCUAGAUGAUGUGGAUCUAGACCAAGUCAGUGUUGAUUAUGUGCUCAAUUGUGCUAAGAAAGGUGGAAUGCUUGAACUCUCGGAAGCUAUUAGAGACUACCAUGACCAUACUGGGUUACCCCAGAUGGUUCUGCUGGUGAAUUCUUUUUGGUUACGAAUCCUGAGUUUUUCCGGUUCUCCUCCAAAACGGGCACCACCACCUGUUCCGGACUUCGUGCCACCUCCUGUUCUAACUCCACCUCCUGGUGUCUUUUCAUCUAUUCCUGACCUUGACUCAUCUCCGGUUGCAUCAAGUGUGUCAAAGUCAGAAUCUUUUAACUACACACAAGCUCAAGAACUGACCGUAGACGAUAUUGAAGAUUUCGAGGAUGAUGAUAUUGAUGAGGCUGACAGUCUCCGGAUUUCACGAAGGAUUCGAAACGAUGCUACUGAUCUUUCGCUUGGAUUGUCUUCUUUUAAGACAGGUAUCACAGAAGAUGAUCUCCGUGAAACUGCAUAUGAAGUCCUUUUGGCAUGUGCUGGUGCUGCAGGGUAUACUUUCAUUUUCGGGUCUGAUUGUGCCGUCAAAAGAGAAAAGAAAGACAAAAGGUCCAAGCUGAUGAGGAAACUUGGACGUAGUAGAAAUGAAAAUCCUUUGAGUCAGUCUCAACGAGCACCUGGAUUGGUUGGUUUGUUGGAGACCAUGCGUGUCCAGAUGGAGAUAUCUGAGGCCAUGGACAUCAGAACUAGACAAGGGCUGCUUAAUGCCCUAGCUGGAAAAGUGGGAAAAAGAAUGGAUGCCCUACUGGUUCCUCUGGAACUUCUCUGUUGUAUUUCACGAACAGAAUUUUCUGACAAGAAGGCGUAUAUACGGUGGCAGAAAAGGCAGUUGAAUAUGUUGGAGGAAGGGCUUCUUAAUUUCCCUGCUGUUGGAUUUGGGGAGUCUGGACGGAAGGCCAGUGAGUUUAGGAUUCUUUUAGCAAAAAUUGAAGAAUCUGAGUUUCUUCCACCUUCCACGGGUGAACUCCAACGAACAGAAUGCUUAAGAUCUCUUCGAGAGAUUGCCACUCCACUUGCUGAGAGGCCUGCUCGUGGUGACUUAACUGGUGAAGUAUGUCACUGGGCAGAUGGUUAUCACUUGAACGUUAGACUGUAUGAGAAACUGCUUCUCAGUGUCUUUGAUAUGUUAGAUGAGGGAAAGUUGACUGAGGAAGUGGAAGAAAUACUCGAGCUUGUGAAGUCAACGUGGCGUGUUUUAGGAAUCACGGAGACCAUGCAUUACACCUGCUAUGCAUGGGUCUUAUUCCGUCAGCAUGUUAUUACAAGUGAGCAAGGAGUUUUAAAACAUGCCAUUGAACAGUUAAAGAAAAUACCAUUGAAGGAACAACGGGGACCACAAGAGAGGUUACACUUGAAGAGUUUACAUUGUAGAGUUGAAGGCGAUCAGGGUCACCAAGAUUUAUCUUUCUUACAGUCCUUCUUGUUGCCCAUUCAGAAAUGGGCCGAUAAGCAGUUAGGAGACUACCAUCUGCACUUUUCUGAGGUGCCAGUUGUGAUGGAGAAUGUAGUAGCUGUUGCAAUGAUUGCUCAAAGGCUUCUAUUGGAGGAACCUGAAGCAGCAAUGAUGCAAUAUACAUCCAGCACAGAUCGAGAUCAGAUAGAAUCAUAUAUAUCAUCUUCUAUUAAGAAUGCAUUUACAAGGAGGCAUCCACAAGCAACUUCUGUCUCAGCCUCACUCCUUCAUAGGCUUUAUGGCAACAAGUUGAAACCUUUUCUCGGUGUGGCUGAACAUCUGACCGAGGAUGUAAUAUCUGUAUUUCCAGCAGCUGAUAACCUUGAGCAGUACAUUAUGGAACUUAUUACGUCCAAUUGUGGAGAGGAAACUGCAGAUAUAUACUGUAGGAAACUAGCUCCAUACCAGAUUGGAUCCAUAUCUGGAACAUUGGUGAUGCGUUGGGUCAAUUCGCAACUUGGAAGGAUCUUAGGUUGGGUUGAACGGGCUGUUCAACAAGAGAGGUGGGACCCAAUAUCACCUCAACAGCGGCAUGGGAGUUCAAUAGUUGAAGUAUUUAGGAUUGUGGAGGAGACUGUCGACCAAUUUUUUGAUCUCAAAGUUCCAAUGAGGCCUACAGAAUUGAGUGGUUUGUUUCGUGGAGUUGACAAUGCUUUUCAAGUGUUCGCAAAUCAUGUCAUUGACAAGUUGGCUACCAAGGAAGAUUUAAUUCCACCUGUGCCCAUUCUUACAAGAUACAAGAAGGAAGUUGGAAUAAAGGCUUUUGUAAAGAAGGAACUAUUUGACCCUAGGCUGCCUGAUGAGAGAAGGUCUACUGAAAUUAGUGUUCGAACGACUCCAACACUUUGUGUUCAGUUAAAUACACUUUAUUAUGCAAUCAGUCAGCUGAAUAAGUUGGAAGAUAGCAUGUGGGAGCGAUGGACGAGGAAGAAACCCAGCCAAAAGUUUACCAGAUGGUUUACUCCGUGUUGUAUUAGAUGGAGGCCCAUCACGAAUUUUCUCUUUGGGCGAUGCAAAGCUAUUAGAAGAAGAUUGGAGGUCCUCAAGGAGUUUUUUAUCUCUGGAGGAGAUGGGCUUCCAAGAGGAGUUGUCGAAAAUCAGGUAGCACGUGUUCGAGAUGUAAUAAAGUUGCACAGCUAUGAGACUCGAGAACUGAUCGAGGACUUGAAGUCUUCCAGUGGCCUGGGCGUGCAGGGUGGUAGAAGCAAACUAGGGGCUGAUUCUAAGACUCUUGUGAGAAUCCUAUGUCACAGAGCUGAUUCGGAGGCCUCCCUUUUCCUUAAGAAGCAGUACAAGAUACCAAAGUCUACAGCUUAG